AUGCUUUGCAGGGGGAAGGGUCUAGGUAUAGAACACACCAUGACAUGUGUCCUCACUCGGGUUUCGACGCCCGACCAGAACGGAGUGAUGUCUUCCCCUCCCGUUCUGCGCGCGGACGCCACCCUGGUGAACCGUAGCAUCCUCCCGCUUUUGCGGGAGUUGCGAAAGCCCGACGGUCCGCCUGAGGAGGACCAACUAGCACGGUUUGAGGCCGAGACACCUCUCUCGGCAUACAAUGCUGGGGAGAUUGCGGCACGGAUUGGGGCACUGACUGGGGAGCCCCCGGAGGAUCUGAUGGAGAUGGCCGGCAUGGACCCCAAGGCCGAGGCCUCCAUGAGGAAGCUGGCACACUGCGCCAUCCUGGCCGCCAAUAACAUCACGGCGGCCCAACCCAUCAAGCAGGACAAGGCCAGCAGGGACGCCGCUCAGGCCGCCGUCGGUCUGGUCGAGGAUGACCCGUCGACCUCCGAGGAUGGCCCGUCGACCUCCGGCCUUGGUAGGAAAGACGGGAAGAGGCCAGCGACAGCCCCGCCGAAAGCCGCCCCUGGACGACAGGGGAAGAAGUCAAAGAGGGACCCGGCCAGCAGCUCUGAGUCGGACUCUGACGACGAUGACAUGGAGGAUGAUGAGGUGGAGUGCCAGUUGCGGCGGGUGAAGCGGGUCUGUCAGGACCCGUUUAUACAUCUAUAUCCGGCCAGACUACAGAAUGCCGUGAGGAGGCUGGUGAGGGCGGCCAAGGAGGCUGGCCACAAGAGGCUGAGUCGGUUUAAGGUGGUGCAGGGUUUCCUUGCGGGCACAGCCGCCAGCCCGACAAUAGGAAAACACGUCGGGAAAAUGCUCAUGACGAAGGAGGAGCUCCGUUUCUCGGCGUCACAGGUGUAUUUGUCUCUUUGUACAGCCACUACCAGCGGUGCCUCGUUUGUGGAAGCCCGCUGUUGCCUGCCCGGAGUGCCAUCACCCUAA